AUGCAUAUAUAUACUGAAGAUAAUACUGAUCUAUGUACAACUGUCAUCCAAGGUAUACUAGAUGACGAUCCUAGGAUUUUGGGUCCUACCAAUCUAAAAAGUAAUACGAAGGGGAAGAGUAAAAGAAAUACAUUUGCAUGUGUUAGAUGUCAUAGUUUAAAACAAAAAUGUGUUCCAUCCGAUCCUAACGAUAUAUAUAGAAAACCAUGUGUUCGAUGUUUAAAACGAGAAAAGAAAUGUACAUUUGAUUUGGCAAAGAGAACUAGAAAGAGAAGGGCACGUACACCGAUAAAUGUUCCUGAUAUUGGAGAUCGAACAAGUCCUAUUGACAGCACAUCAUCUGUAAACUCAAACUCUAUUGAAUCCUCAUCCAUUACACAGUAUUCUGCCACUACACAAUCACGGGAACCUUAUAUGAGUACACCUAUUACAAACAGUGUGGCUGUUGAAGUUGCAUAUGAUCCCACUUCUACUCUUAGUACAGACAGAAAAAAUGAUAACACUGGUGUAGGAAAUCACAUUAACAAAAAUACCAACAUAUACCAAAGCAAUUUUCCACUAGAUUCAUCAGAAAAUAUAGUAGAAUCGAAUAAUACUAAACCAUACCAAUCAGCGCCGCAGAAUACAAUGAAGAUAGAUGUAUCUAACCAGCAACAUAAUAGCACCAAUAUUAAUCAAUUUAGCACAACGUUUUUGCCAAUCCAAAUGAACUCCCUAACAAAAAAUAAUUUAUUAAACAAUGAAAAAUACUACACUGAAUCCACCAAUGCAGAUAAUAAUGUGUCAUCUGGAUACAAUCCCGUCACAUCCCAGGAGAAUUUAAAACAGCCUUCUACACAAAUUGUUAAUAGCAACAAUCAAAAUAUUAGUAAUAUAUGUCUGAAUUCGACUGGAUUGGACUUACUUCAGACUGCAAUUUUUUCCAACCAAGAUACUACAAAAAAAUCCUCAAAUGAACUAAGCAAUGAAAUAACUACUGUGAACCAUGCUCCACAAAAGAUCAUUACACCCUCAACCACAACUCUUAAUAUCCAGACCUCUUCCGACAGAAAGGAGCAACCUACUACUAACAUAUUGAACAAGCAUAAAGAACUAGCAUUUAUGGAUAAACCAACCAAUAAAAGCAAUAUUAGCGCUAUUGCUGUUAAGAAAAAGACACAAUACCACAUGAAUCAUGAAUUUAAAAGAAACCUACGGUCAUUAUUAAUAUUGCUAAAGGGGAAAGUCAGUGGGAUUUUCAAUAAAUUUAACUUGUGGUCUACACAAUGGAAUAAGUUAGUUGAAAAUAGUUUAUUUUUGCCAACUAUUUCGGAUCCUGUUUAUCUUGGGAUUAUAUCCAUGGAAGAAGCUGAAUUAAGAUUAAAACUAUACUCAGAGGUAAUUGCCCGUGAAAGCAGAUUACCUUUUGUUUGUAUACGGGAUGACGCCUCCAUUAAUGAUAUUCGUAAGGAUAAACCAAUAUUUUUCUCUGUGGUUAUGUCUAUUGUUUCAAAAGUUAUGACAGAAGAACAAACAACACGUGACACUGUAAUGAAGUUAGAUAGUUUUGUUAUUAAUUUGAUAACUAUUCAAAUAUUUAAGUUGAAUAAUAAAUCAAUUGAAGUUAUCGAGGCAUUAGUAACAUUAUGCAUGUGGUAUAAUUUUCUUGAAUGGUCUAACAAAACACGAUACCACUUAUUCAACUAUAUUUGUUGUUGCUUUCUAAAAGAUCUGAGUCCCGCUUCUGUUAAUCGAGUAUUUGGAAUGUUUAAUGAUGAGGCCCCAAAUAAAAGUCAAGCACCAAGGAGAAGUCUAUUAGAACAAGCUGAAAAUGGCCCAAGACUGACAUUAUUAGUAUAUAUAUCUGCCCUGAAUAUUUCGAUUUACUUGAAACAAACAAUACAUGUACGAUGGAGUUUUAUUACAGAGAAUGCAAUUGAAGAUAUAAAGCAAAACAUAGACGAUUUAAAAGCUUGUCUUGAAGCAAGUAAGAACACAAACGAUAAUACAACAUCUUUAAGUCUUCAAAUAGAGGGAUGUGAAACAUUAAUAACUUUUUCUAAAUUAAAUCAUUUAUUAGAAAAGAUACAUAUUCAUUUACAUGAAAUCAAAGAUAUAAAAUACGAUGAAGCAUUGUCAAAUUAUAAAUUAGCUGAACAAUACAUUCAGGGGUUAAUUGAUAUAUACCAAAAGGAAUUAGAUGAAGUUUUCAAAGGAAUUCCAAAUUCUCGUCCUCGUGUGUUAGCGUUUUACUAUUCUGUGGAAGCAUACUUACACCAAUUCACAUUAAAUGAUUAUAUACACUUUGAAGCAAUAGAAAAAAAUGCAGAUCUCCCAGAUAAUGUAACAAAAGCAUUUUUAAGGUGUUAUGAAUGCUGUACUAAAUCUUUAAUGGAAUUUUUAAAAUUGUCAGACACUUUAAUAGCAUCUUUACCUCUUUUUCAUAUGUCAAGAAUUAUUUACAUUGUAGGGGUAUUAAUAUUAAAAUUACGAUAUGCUGCUGUGUCAAUACCUUCUUUUCACCAUUUUGCUACCAUUACUGAUGGUACUAUAGAUCUAGUAAAACAAGUAUCAACCAGUUUGGAAAGCGCAUCCAGAAAAUACCCUUAUAACAAUGGGUUAUAUAAAUUUCAAUAUGUGAUAGCCUUAUUUGGUCAAACAUAUGCAACAAGAGUUACAGAAUUAGCAGAAAGAAUGGAGCAUAACGAACAGCACGCAAAAAUGAAUAAGAAUAUUCAAUUUAAUACACAAUUGAUGUAUAGUGAAGAUGUCAACUCACGUCAAUUGUAUUUGAAUCCUAUGAAUUUAAAUACUAUUAAUAAUCAGAUCAACACUGUUAAUAAUGCUAAUUUUGUACCUAAAUUAAACAAUGAAAACAAUACUAUUAAAGUGGAGUUAUCAAAUCAUAAUAAUAAUAGUGCUCUAAAUGGUGAUGCACGUUUAAAUGUAUAUUUAGAUUCUAAGCAAAACUCUACUGUCUCCAAUAAUAAAGAAUUUCCCAUUGAAAAAAAUAAAAAUGGAUUCCCAUUUCAGUUAAAUCCUUUAUCAGGAGCCACUAAUAAAACUAAUAUGAUAAAUGAUCAAUUACCACUACUUAAAGAUUCUUCACCAUCAAUUGCAAGUGAUAAUUUGAAUGAAUAUUUGACUGAUAUGAAUUCUUUAGCAUUAGGUUAUGACGCCUUAAACGAUGAAUUCUGGACAGAUUUACUUUUCAGUGGUAUGUAA